AAAAACGCUCGACCCGCCCAUUACUCUUCCGCUACGAUGACGUUUUCCACCGACAGUGGAAAAAAAUUGUUGAAGGAAAAUAAUCACCGGACGAAGUCUUUGGCAACUGUAAAGAGGAAAUCCCAGUUCUUUCACCGGAAUCCAAUACACACCUCAAAAAUAAAGAUUGUUUGGUUUAUGAGUGACUGAGGAGGAUGACUUCCUGAUGAUGUACUUCACAAUGAAAUACAAGCCCUCUAUACCUGCUUCCUGUCUUCUUAAAGACUGAUUGUGACCAUUCUUCACAUCUGUCUGAGGGAAGCAGGAGAGCAGUAGGUGGUCUAUUGUGCAGCCCAGGUAUGGAUUCAGACAGGGGAAUUCGUUCCCCCAAAAGUGUUGCCCAGACCCCAAGUCCGAAUGCAGAAAUCCCAAGCUCCAGUUCUCCACUGCUGCUUUCACCUGUGCUCGGAGGCCUGGGCCUGGGAGCAUUGGGCAUCAUAGGUGAGGCAGCUGGGGCAGAUUGGGAGAGCAGAGAAGAGCUGAGGCUCCGUGAGCUAGACGAAGCCCGAGCCAGAGCAGCUCAGAUGGAGAAAACCAUGCGGUGGUGGUCAGACUGCACUGCAAACUGGAGAGAAAAAUGGAGCAAGGUUCGUGUAGAGCGUAAUCGUGCACGUGAUGAGGUCCGCCAACUGAGACAGAAGCUGGAUACUCUGACCAAGGAGCUGACCAGUGUUCGACGGGAGCGUCAGGAACUUUUAUCAGAGAAUGAGAUGCUACGAAAGGAUGGAGUACCGCUUCACAGUGAUUUGACAGCUCCUCUUCGAGUCAUAAGUUCUGCCUCCUUCCCUGCACACCACGCCUCUGCUUUUUCUACCUCUUCCUGUCCAUCCAUUGCACCCUCUUGCCCUACCUCCUGGUCAUCUUCAACGCAGGUUCAUACUGAUUACAACCUAGACAAGUUAGAUGAGGAGAAUCCUGCGUCUCCAGAGCCUGAACCGGUGAGGGACAUGAACGCACAAAAAACAGGUCAACAAAAGGAAAUGGAGCUCUUUCAGUCUGUGCUGAAUAUACGAAGUCCAGUUGGCGACACCCAAGGGGCCUGGGACAGUCAAAGUGGCCGUGGUGGCAUUAAUCCAUCUGGUACACGCUCUUCUUCUGGUGGGAGCCGGCAAGAACGCAACAGGCAGUUGUGGGGUGAUAUAAGCACCACAGAGGACGACUUAAGCAAACUCCAUGCUUUGCAACUUCGUCUGGACGAGUCUCAGAAAGUCCUGUUGAAGGAGAGAGAAGACAAGCUUGCAUUGAGUAAGAGCAUUGAGAAGCUAGAGACAGAGCUCAGUCAGUGGAAACUUAAAUAUGAGGAGCUCAACAAGAAUAAACAGGAAGUCCUAAAACAGCUGAAUCUGUUGAGGGAAAUACAUCAAGAUGAACUUGGUCGCAUAUCUGAAGACCUGGAGGAUGAACUGGGAGCUCGUACGAGUAUGGACAAGAAAUUAGCCGAAUUACGAACUGAGAUGGAGAAGUUGCAGGUGGAGAAUGCAGCCGAAUGGGGGCGCAGAGAGCGCUUGGAGACAGAGAAACUGGCAUUGGAGAGGGACAACAAGAAGCUGCGGGCUCAGACUGAAGACUUGGAAGAACAGAUAGCUAAGAAACGUCGCCAGGCUGCAACAGCAAUCGACACAGACCUCAAGGCCAUGCAGACAGAGUUGUUUGACAAAAACAAGGACUUGGCUGAUCUUCGUCACGUUCAUGCAAAGUUGAAGAAGCAGUUCCAGGAUAAGACGGUCGAGCUAGCCCAUGCAAACAGGAGGGUAGAGGGCCAUGAAGCUGAAGUAAAAAAACUGCGACUGCGGGUUGAAGAGUUAAAAAGAGAAUUAGGACAGGCCGAAGAUGAGCUGGAUGAGUCCAAUAACCAGACAAGGAAACUCCAGAGGUCUUUGGAUGAACAAGUAGAGCAGACCGAGAACCUGCAGGUCCAAUUGGAACAUUUACAGUCCAGACUACGGCGGCAGCAGCUCAGUCCUGGUCUGUUUGGAAAGAUGCGAUCAGCUCGGUUCAGCCCUGAAAAUACAGAUGUUCCAUCCAGUGGCAAGGAUGAAGAAGAGGAGCAACUGCAGCUCCAGAUCCAUGGAUGACACAAGCACAAAGUCAAUGUUUUGAGGAAUGUAUAUCUUCAAAAAUACCAAUUCACUGAAUGAUAUGAAUAGUUCUUUCAAGAGCAAACCAUUCCAGAGUGAUGAGAAUUUUUACAAGGACAGCAUUUGCUAAGUAGGAAAAGGAUCCAGCAUACAAACUGUACAAACAAACAUAAGUCGCUCACUGUGGCGACCCCGAAUGGGAGGUGCCAAAAGUCCCAACAACUAGCUCAUUACAUCAGGUGCAUUGGAUACUGAUUGGUCCCGAUUUAUAAGAUGAAUGGAGCCAAAUGAAUGGAGCCAAAUGCACAGCUUGAUUUUUUUUCUCCUUUGUUUGACUUCACCCAUUUUUUGUAACUUCUGCCUGCUGUUAUUUCUGGACUGCAGACAUCAGGAUGUUCAUGUGUUAUCGAUCACUAAAAAAGAUGACGAAAACAUUUCUGAAAGCAAUUAGACUUAUUUAUCAAUGUGAGAAACUGAACCAAUUGUUAAAAUAUAUGCAACCCCCGUGUGUGUGUGUGUGUGUGCGUGUGUGUGUGUGUGUGUGUGUGUGUGUGUGUGUGUGUGUGUGUGCAUGUGUUUGCGUAUGUUAAUAAACAGGUAACAGGCGAUGAAGGCAUCGUUACACAAUCAUGUACAGGGGACUCCAAGAAAAGAGGGGACAUUUUUCAAGUCCCCACUUUAUUUUCACCUUUAAAAUCUUGAUAUAUGUGAGCUGCUGAUUUGUUUUUUUAAUUUUAAGUAAAGAGGGGACUCCA